AUGCAGCACUGGACCAAAUUCUGGCGGCCGCUUGGGUCUGUGCAGCAAGCCCUUUUUUUGCAGCAGCGGUGGAUGACUUCGGAGGUUCCGACGGAGCAAGAGGUACGCAACGCUUACGCGGCCCUGGGGGUCACCGCCUCAGCCCCAUUUCAGGACGUGAAGAAGCGCUAUGUGGAGCUCGCAAAGCAGCACCACCCCGAUGUAAACGGCGGCAAUGAAAAUAACGCGGCCACACGCAUGGUGAACAUAAACAACGCCUAUGCCACGCUUACUCGCUUUCAUAAAGCGGGAGGCGCCAUGCCGAACGGUUCUCAGGCAUCGUCUAGUGGCAGCAACCAGUCGUACUACACCACGCAGGAUGAGCCGUACCAGCCCUGGCACGAAGAUCUUAACCCGCUCAUUUACGAGAUGAUGUGGGAUGAGAUGCGUCGGCAAGCUAAUAGUGACGCCUUCGCACACGCUGCUGCUGCAGGUGGUGGUCAGGAAAGCAGGCGGCGGCAGUCCCGUCGGCAUCAUGAUCGACAGCAAGGCAGUGAGACGCCACGAGAUGGACAAAAAAAGGCGUACGGAGACAACAAUCGUCGGCACCCCAAGGGUGGCAAUUCCCGAAAGACGACGAGUUGGCCUGAUGCUGACGUGCAGGCGAUGGUGAAUAUGUACCAGGAUGGAAAGAGCUUUGAGUUUAUUGCAAAUGCUCUAGGGAAGCAGACGGUUGAAGUUGUCUCGGAGUUCAACCGCUGGAGCGAAGAUAAAAAGCGGUCCUUGCGCCCAGCGCAACGGCGCUCAAGAGGGUACUAUUACGCAGAGUCCCCUGAUAUUGAUUUCACAGAAUUUGAUGAGUUUAACGACCCUUUUGGUUACGACAUUGGGGAUGACUCUGAGCACAUGGACCCGGACGACGAUUCCUUUGACGGUGAUGUCAUGCCCUUCUCUAAUGGACAUUAUAUGAACGGUUAUCGUCCAUGGCGCGGCAGUGGCAGUGGUCGCGGACGUCAUGGGUCGAGCCGCCGUCAGCGGUGA